AUGUCGUUUUAUGGUUAUAGUUUUAUCGUACUUGCAUUAUUCUCCAUCUCAACUCAAGCCUAUCGUCACACUCCCGCUCAACCGCCAAACGUAAACACAAACGCUGAUGUCAAACCGCAGAAAACGCUUGAGGUUCACAACAAGGCCCGAGCCUUAGUCGGAGUCAUGACUUAUGCACAAAGCUACGCCAACGAACGAGCCAGAGACUGCGCCAUGAAGCAUUCCUUGGGACCAUACGGUGAAAACCUAGCCGCGGGUUGGGGAACGAUGAGCGGUCCGGUCGCGACUGAGUAUUGGAUGACGGAGAAGGAAAAUUACGAUUAUGACACUAACACCUAUGAUCCUCCGGGGAAUUAUAUUGGUCAAAGUCCGUAUUAA